CAUUUUAUAAAUGCUUUUGCAUACCACGAAAUGGUUACUAAUACAAAUCCAUCACUACUGAAAUCAAAAUUAUUAGAAGAAGGAAAUAAAAAGUGGCAUGAAAUCAAAAAAAAGGAGUAUGAUAGUAUUCAAAGAGAAAUUCAAAAUCUUUUGUCAACCCCAAUUCCAUUGCAAGCAACAUUUGGUUUUGCAAAAAAUUUAAGUAUGAGUAAAAUCCCAACUUCUUCAAAUCAACAACUAAUAUUACGUCCUUCUACUUUUUCACCAUUUCAUGAAUAUGAAAUAUUCCCCAAUGCUGCUGCUCAAAAAGCAGAAUGUAAGAAAAUUAAAAUUGCAAAAACAAAAAUUAUAGAAUUGGAAUCCUUGUUUAAUUUAGCUACAGACAUAAAAAACAAAAAUAUUAUUAAUGAAUGUUCAAAAAAAAUUGAUGCACUUAAACAACGUGCAAAUAAUCAAGCCCGGAUGGUAGCAAAAAAACAAAAGCAACUUAGUAAGGAAGAUAUU